UGUCACUCUACCUGCCAGAGAGAGAGUUAGCCAGCCCCUUAACUCGGUCGCAAAAUUUUGCCCGGGCUAAAAACCUGAUUUCCCAUUAUAAAUAGUUAUACAUAUAUUUCUCAUGAAAUAAGGUUGAAUUAAUAGAUUUACAUGAACAAAAACCAAAUAUGGCUGUUGGGAACCUAAAUCUUUUGCGCAAUGCUUUGAGCAAAUUGAGAAUAGAUCAUUCCUUCACACGAUCAUAUCAAAAGCCUAGAUUUCGUCCUCCGUAUUGGUAUGAAUCCAAAGAAAGGGUGGGGUCUGAUGAAUUCAUAACUCAGGAAAACAAGCAAUUUAUAGAAGAGGUAAUGCAAGAUAAACUGCAACAUCAAACAGCACUGCCUUCACCCCUGGUUAAUAUUGAGCCAAAUCAGACAGCACAGUGGAAUCCGAAAACUCGCAGAGUUGGUCUUAUAGCUCGUAAAAUAGGCAAUUAUCCUCUUUGGUCCAAAGAUGGUAAAAAAAUGCAGACUACACUGUUACAGGUUGUUGACAACCAUGUUAUAAAAUACACCCCUCCAGAAGAGUUCAACCCAAUGAAAACCUCAGGUCCAGUUGUGUGGAAGGAAAAAAGAAAAUUAGGCUGCAUGUUGGUUGGUUCAGAAACAAUAGAUCCCAGCACUGUUACCAAGGAAUAUUGUGGUUUAUUUAAUAAUACAGGCAUGCUACCGAAGAGACUUUUAUGUAGGUUCAUGGUAUCUCCAGAAUCUUAUAUACCACCAGGAACUCCAUUGUUUGCAACACAUUUUAGAGCUGGAGACUAUAUUGAUAUACGUGCCAAAACAUUGGACCGUGGAUUUCAAGGUGUAAUGAAGCGGUGGGGAUUUAAAGGAAUGCCAGCUUCCCAUGGUGUUACCAAAACUCAUAGAAGACCAGGAAAUAUUGGUGCUGGAGGUGAAAAAGCGCGAGUUUGGCCCGGUACUAAGAUGCCUGGACACAUGGGAAAUAGGUGGCGAACUAUAAGGGGCGUAAAAAUUCUACGCAUAAAUACAAAGCAUAACGUAAUUUGGACUUUGGGAGUAGCUAUACCCGGAGAAACAGGUGCUAUGUGCUACUUAUUCGAUACAGUUCUUCCACUGAAGAAACACACGACAUCACCUCCUUUCCCGACACAACCUUAUGUUGAAGAUUUACCACUUGAAUAUUAUGAUCCAUCAGUCCAGCCUUUUUAUGAACCAUCUGUUUCUUUUGAAGAAGUUUAAGAUAUUGACUGUUUAGGUUUCACCACUUAUAAGAUUGACGUGGCUGGUAAUGAGUAUAGUAUAGUGGAACAAGCAUAGCAUUUUGGUUUUCCUAUAUUGAUUAUAAAACAUUACUGAUAAACAAGUUGGUUCCCAUUAGUGGAUCAUAUGGGAUUCAUAGUGUUAUAAAGUUGAUAUAAAAAGAAGUUUAAUUACACAAAAUGCUUGCAUUUAUUUGGUGUAAAGGCAGAUAGUAAAAACAUGAAAACACAUCAAACCAUACCAAACAGUAUACCUAGAACAUUAUAUUAUUUUUACAUGAAAGUGAUUUCAGUCUGAUGAUAUGUAUUAUUGUGUAAAUUGAUGUUUAAAUCAAUGGGAAGUUUAUUGGAGUUCAGAGAAAGAAAUGCUUUACUGUGGAUUUCAAUGACCGUUGUUUCGCAACUAGAGAUUGAAAUUAAUUUAUAUGAAGCUAAUUUCAAAAUUCUAUCUCUAACCGCAAAACAAUGGAUAGAUUGUUUAUUGAAAACUGCAGUUAGUUAUCUUUAUCAUUGUACAUCUAAUGAAAAUAAACACAUUUAGCGGAAA